AGGCGGUACGACGCGAAGAGAAGGAGAAGAUGUCUCAUUUAGAGGCCGAGUUGGAGAAGAGUGGGCACGAAGUGAAGCGCCUGGAAACGGAGGUCAUCAAGAUGAGCGAUGAAAUGACGCGUGCGGUGAAGUGCGUGGAGGAACAAAAGGAAAGGGAUCAGAAGGAGAAGGAGGUGGUCCGCGAGCGCUUGUUGGAGCUACGCGUGCAGACGAAGGGCCUCAAGGAGCAGCUUGCAGCGGAGCGAGCAAGAAACCAGCAGCUUGAGGUGGGGCUCACAGAGGCUCGGCGUGUCCAGGAGGAGCAGCUGAAGCGUUUGCAGCUGCUCGGUGAAGAAGCUGCCGAGGCGGCUGGCUUGAAGCAGCGCGUACUGUCGUUGGAAAGCUGCCAGCAUACCAUGGGCGAGUGCCUCAAGGAAUAUCAAGAAAGAGCGCGGGAGGCGAAGGAGGAGGAGCAGCACGCCAAGGACCAGGUCAGGAGAUUAGCCGAGACCCUGGCGUUGGAGAGGCGAAGCAGGAACUGAAGGUCUUCGAUAGCGACCUGACGCGAGGUAACGAUUGUUUACGUGGCUAUGGCUCAAACUGA